AUGGCGUCGGCAGUGGCCAGAGUGGUCGACGCAGCUCCACCGCCGCCGCAUGGUGCGGUCCUGCUCCCCAGCCUGGCCAUGCUUGCCUACGCACUGCCGGAGCCAGACAGCGACGUGGUGGAGCGGGAGGCCGAGGCGUCGGCCGCCGCGGACAAGAUUGCCGGCUAUCUCGACGCGCACUUCCAGGCACCAGCGAUCCUUGCCCUGCUCGACGCCGGGCUGGCCUGGCAGGCCGAUGCGCCGCGUCCGGUCCCGCCCAAGGAUCCGGCUGGCUUUGCCGCCGCCGCGCCUCCCAGCCAGCUCGCUGUCGCCGCUGACCUGCCGCCGGCGUUGCUGGCCGACACAGCGGCGGCGCCGCGGGUCACUGCCGCACUGGCGGUCGGUCUCUUGACCGGCGUCGCCGAGCCCGAACGGGUCUUUUCCCACCUCGCUGCUGCUGCGGCCGCCACUGCCGAGCCCGGGCCAGUGGUGGCGCGCAUGGCUGCCCUCCUCGCCAAUGCACCGUUUCUCUUCCCGGUCGCGCUCCGCGCCAUCGUCGCCUGUGACAAUCCAGAGCCGAGUCUGGUGGCGCUGCUGGUCCGUCUUCGGCCCGAUGCGCUGCAAGCGGUCCGCGCUGGCCUCCUCGCCCAUCCAACGGGUCCGCGGGCCAUUGCUGCGGCCCUGGAGUUGACACUGGCCCACGCUCGCGCCGAGCUGCCAGCGGUUGUCGAGGCUGCGCUCGCUUUGCCGGAGUGUGUGGCCAAGCUGGCAAGGGAUGGCGGCCUUGACGCGGUGGUGGACGCGCUGGUGUCGGUUACUCCGGCCAGUGCCGGCCCAGCGCAUGUUGCGGCCGCGCUCAAGCUGAUUGCGGCGAUUCUGGGCGUGGCCAAGGCCAGCGUCGGAGAUGACGUGCUUGUGCGGGCGCUUCAGCUCAUCACCGCGCAUGCUGGGCGCUCGGGCUUGGUCUGCCGCAUCGGGCUCUGCUUCCUGCUCGUGGUACCGAGCCUCACCGCCGCUGUCGGCAACGAUACAGUGUGGGAGGCGCUGCGGGCGCUGCGAACGAGCUCCGAGGCGACGAACCUACUCCUUCUCAUUUCGAUCCACUUUCACACUGGUGCGCACGUGGCGGUGGCCGACACGGUGCGGCGGCUGCUUGGUAUGCGGGUCGCACUCCACAACGAGUCGCUCUCGGCGAUGGCCAAGCUCUUCACCUCUGUGCAGCUGUUCGACGAGCGCGAAGUGGCGCGGUCUGCGCCGCAGCUUGUGGUCCCGUCACCGCUGACGGCGAGUGCGGCGUCGCACUCGACGGCCCUCGAGUCGAUGUACCACCUGUGCAAGUCGUCGGUCCUCACCCGGCAUCAAGUUGAUGUUUCGGCUUGGGUGUGGGAUGCGGUGGCUGCAGCCGACUAUCCGCUGCAUCCGCUGCUGCCUGCGCUGGUCGCGGGACUUGUGGCGUCUUCGGAUCCAUCGCUUCCUUGGUCGAUGGCGCUGUUUGAGCUCGACGCUCUUAGCAAAGCGCUCGAGGCCAAGACCGGCGCCCUGGCGCGGCCGCUGUCGGCUUCGGCUGUUCUGCUCAUCUUUUACGUGUUGAGUGUCAACUACCGAGCGCUGACCGCAAGUUCGAGCACGAUCGCGGCGUGCAAGUACCCCGAUGAGUUUGUAGAGGCGCUGCCUUUGCAGGCGCUGUGGGUGCAAAUGGCGUCGGAGCGGGCACCGCUUGGGAGCAAGGAUGCUUCGGGCCUCGCGCUGGUUGAGCCGGCAAUGGCCAAGAUGAUGCUCGGACUUGCGCCGCACGCGUUUACGGUAGUCCAGCUGGUGGCGAUGGGCACAACGGCACUGCCGGCAGCGCACAUGCCGCCCAUCUCGCUCUUUCGGCGGCAGCGAGAAGCGAUGGCUGCAACGGGUGCCGAGUUGGCGGCCGAGGUGGAGAGCGCUGUCCGCGACGGUGACGGGCCGCUGCUGGCCACGGCGCUGGAGCGCGGAGCGGUAUGGAUGUGGCGGAUGCGCGGAGCGGGAGGCAACAAGCUCCGGAGCGCGGUGGUGAAGCAUGUGGUGGGGCGCGAGGUGGCCGGCGCCCUCAGCAGCACUGCGUCAGCCGCGCUGUAUUGGCUGCUCUGGGGUGCGAUGCAAGAGACAGCUUGGCAGGUGGUGUGCGAGAUUGUGGCGCAUCUGCAGGAGGCGCCGACGCUGACGCCGGCGCAGCUGGCGCACGACCCGCUGCUCUUUCUGCGCCUGCCAGACGAGGCAUUUACCGUUGCGCCUCUGGUCGAGCUUGUGCUUCAUGGCCUGCAUAUGGGCCUUGCGGCGGCGACCUCGUCUGUGUUGCGGACCAAGGCCGGGACUCGGGAAGAGACGUCGACGUUGCUGAUGGGCCAAGAGUGCGCAGUGGUGCUGAUGGCCAUCGAGGCUGUUGGCGUGGCCGCGCGCGAGGGUGCCGAGGAAGCGAUGGCAGUUCUCUGCCAGUUUGUGCACGAGAAGUUCAUUGCCAACGUCCUGCUCUGCAAACUCGUGCACUUUCAGAUGUACAGUCCUGAGCUCAUUCCGUUGCUUGUGGCCGGCGUGCCGUCAAUGCAUGUGGCAUCGUCGUUUAUGCCCGAGUUGCUGAUGGCGCCGUCGACAGAGCACGUCCGGUUUGGCAUCCUGGUCAUGGCUGCACUUGCGGAACGAUACCCGCUGCCGAGCAUGUGUGACGUAGCUGGCCUUGCUGUUGGGCGCGCCAGCGAGGUUGCCGGAGAAGGCGAUUCCAUCAUCAGCGCGGCGGCCGAGCAGCUGCGUGAGGUCUUUGGCGCGCAUCUCCGGCCACACACCCGACCCGGCGGCGAGCCUGGCCGCGGAUAA